AUGAGACGCCUAUCGCGAUUCCUGGGCCUUGGUGGCUCUGAGCCCAACGGUCACAAAGGCACGGCGCCUGGAACGAAAGCUCCUGCGCGUAAGGCAAGGACAUCAGGCCCGUGGGCUGUAGAAGAACGUUCAAUUGAUUCUAGUCGCCCGAUCAGGGUUGUGGUCAUUGGGUCUGGGAUUUCUGGGAUAAUCUCCUCGAUUCGCUUGAGGCAGAGGGUUUCCAAGCUAGAGAUCUGCGUGUAUGAGAAGAAUGCAGAUAUUGGAGGCACUUGGCUGGAGAAUAGAUACCCGGGUUGCGCAUGCGACAUUCCCGCGCACACAUAUCAGGCUACCUUUGAGCCGAACAAGGAGUGGUCAACGUUUUAUGCUGCAGCCCCAGAGAUCCACAGGUAUUGGAAGCGUGUAGUAGACAAGUAUGGCUGUAUGAAGUACGUCAAACUCAAACACCAGGUUAUUGGGGCAGUUUGGGACAACGCUAAAAGCAAAUGGCAACUCGAGGUCAAAAACCUCGACAGCGGGGAGGUUUUGCAGGACCAAUGCGAUGUACUGGUCUCCGCAAGCGGCGCAUUAAACCAAUGGAAAUGGCCUGAGAUCUCAGGCCUUCACAAUUUCGAAGGGAAGCUGCUCCAUAGUGCUUCUUGGGAUGAAUGCUAUGAUUAUAGUGCCAAAAGAGUCGCCGUGAUAGGAAAUGGGUCAAGUGGAAUCCAGAUAGUGCCUGGAAUGUUGCCCAAGGUGACACAUCUCGACCACUACAUCAGAGGAAGGACCUGGCUUUCGCCCACAUUCGCUCGGGAACACAUUGACAAGCGUGGUUCUGAACUUGAGAAUUUUUCCUUUACUGCAGAGGAGAUCGAGAUAUUCAAAAAGGAUCACUCAGCGUAUCAGAGAUUCCGCAAAGAUAUCGAACGAGAGCUGCAGUCUGUUCAUGGCUCUACGCUUAUCGGCACGCCCGAGCAACUUGGAACUACGAAUAUUUUCGCUCAACACAUGAAGCGCCGUUUAUCGAGAAAACCGGAGCUUUAUGAUGAUUUGCUGCCAUCCUUCCCACCAAUCUGUCGUCGACUUACACCUGGACCUGGUUAUCUUGAAGCACUUACGGAUGACAAGGUUGCAGUGAUCACAAGUGAAAUUGCGAAAGUCGUCGAAGACGGGAUCGUGACGGUGGAUGGCAAACACCACCCGACAGAUGUCCUUGUCUGCGCUACGGGUUUCGACACCAGCUUCAAUCCCCGAUUCCCCAUCAUUGGUCAAGACGGGAUUUCAUUAGCUAAGCGAUGGGAAGAUACUCCUGAGACCUAUCUGUCGCUGGCCAUCGAUGGAUUCCCCAACUACUUCGUCUGCCUCGGCCCCAAUGCCGCUCUGGGCGAGGGCAACUUACUUCUCCUGAUUGAAAAGGAAAUCGACUACAUAACAUUUUGUGUUGAAAAGAUGCAGCGGGAUAAUAUCCGAUCGAUGGAGGUGAAAAGGGAGGCGGUGGAGCGGUUCACUCAGCACUGUGACCAGUAUUUCUCACGGACAGUAUUCAGUCUCAAAUGCCGGAGCUGGUACAAGGGAGGAACAGAAGCCGGGAGAGUCACUGCACUAUGGCCUGGCUCGUCCUUGCAUUCGAUGAAGGUCCUUUCUUAUCCUCGGUGGGAGGAUUACAGCUAUGAGUAUGUGAAUGAUAACCCGAAUGGCUGGCUCGGUGACGGAUGGACGGAAGACGAAAGAAACAAGAUCAUCCACGUCGACUAUCUGGAUGAUGAACAGGUCGACUUUCCACCAGCAGAGACGGGAAGUCCCUAA